AUGACAGACUGUAGUGGCUUCUACCCGUCCACUCCCCCCCCAACACCACCACCUCCAAAUAAGAGUGGUAACAGUGAAAAGAAGCCGAUGCUGCUGCAACGUACAACAAAACUGCGAGUUCAGAACAUCUGUUGUGCAAUGGAAAUCAAGCUGGUUCAAGAUUCCUUGGAGCCUUUGGAAGGCGUGUCAUCCAUCGCUGUGAAUGUAAUCGGUCGCGUAGUAUACGUACAUCAUGAUCCGGAAGUGACGUCAGCCACUGAGCUGGUCACCACCCUCAACCGCAUGCACCUGGGAGCCAGCAUCAUGGAGACCGGAUCCCAUAAUGCCGAUAAGAAGAAUGAAGGCCUGCCGCAUUCGUUAUCAUUGUUUUUGGUUUAUCUUUUGGUUCAGAGUAUUCUGAUGAUGAUAGGCGUUGUAGCGUUCUUUGUCAAGGCAGAUUGGUAUCAGUGGGUGGCCAUUGCAGAAAUUGUCUUUGGUAUCCCUCCAGUUUUGAAGAAAGCCUCCGUGUCCAUCAAGACCCUCACCUUGGAUAUUAAUAUUCUGAUACUCAUUGCCAUAGCAGGAACGCUGGCCAUUCAGGAGUGGCUCGAAGGUGCAGCUGUGGUGUACGUCUUCUCGUUCGCUGAAGCCUUGCAGGAGUUGUGCAUGCACAAAGUCCAGCGGACCAUAUCUGGGCUCAUGCUCAAAGCACCUCAAGUGGCCAUAUUAGCGGACACGGGUGAAUGUGUCCCUGUGGAGUCAGUUACCAUAGGCACAGCUAUCGCCGUUAGACCAGGUGAAUUAAUUCCAUUGGAUGGUGUGGUAGUCAAGGGCCGAGCUGCCGUGGACGAGAGCUCGGUCUCGGGCGAAUCUGUUCCUUUGGAGAAAACAGUAGGUGUUAAGGUCUAUAGCGGAACUGUCAAUCAAAAUGGAUACCUGGAAGUCGAGACUACAUCGGACGCAACUUCCUGUACAGUCUCUAAAGUGGCGAAACUUGUUCAAGAAGCUCAAACCGGUUCAGCGAGAACUGAAAUUGCAAUAAACCGGUUUGCCAAGUACUAUACACCAGCUGUGGUCAUUGUGGCAGCUCUCGUGGUAAUUAUUCCCGCCAUUCUCGGUGCUGCUGGUGUGGGGACCUAUUCACAAGAGAUUAAAGAAUGGGGCCGACGAGCGCUUGUUCUUCUGGUCAUAGCUUGCCCCUGCGCACUCGUCAUGUCAACCCCGAUCGCUGUGGUAUGUGGCAUCACUGCAGCUGCGCGAAAAGGAGCUCUGAUUAAAGGGGGAGCUCAUCUCGAGACGCUUGCUCGGUUGAAAGUACUUGCGUUUGAUAAAACUGGAACACUGACCGAAGGAAAGUUUCAAGUUGUCGACAUAGAAUGUUCUUUUGGUGUACACGAACGAGCUACUUUACGCUUAGCUGCUGCACUUGAGAGCAAAUCAAGCCAUCCUCUGGCAGCAGCCAUAGUUAAUGAAUUUGCUGGUUGCGUAGCUCAAAUGGUCAGAUCACAAAACGCCACUUUACCGGAAGUGUCACGCUUUGAGCUCCACGAAGGACAAGGUAUUUCCGGUAUUGUAGAUGGUCAACUGGUUCAGAUAGGAAACUAUGAAUUUCUUACUCACGUCACAGGAAAAAGGCCGAAAAAACAAAUGGAAGACAAGUACAUCACGUGGUGCAACGAAAGUAAGACGGUGAUUUUUGUGUGUUUAAAUGGCAAACUUGCUAUGAUGGUGGCGCUCGCGGACACGAUCAGACCAAACAGCUUAGACACGCUUGGUUGGCUAAGAAAGCUUCGAGUCCAGUCGGCUAUGAUCACCGGUGACAACUCGCGAACAGCCAUGGCCGUGAAGAGUAAGCUAGGACUGGACGAGUGUGUCGCCGACAUGAAACCGCAGAACAAGCUGUCUUGGGUCAAAGACAGACAAGAUGGAAUAAAAUUCGGUGAUGGCGAGAUGUUUCCUAGUGGUACUCGCAGAAAGCGUUUUGCGUCUCGUUCCUGUUCGCGUCGCCGUUUCAACAUAUCAGCCUCACGUGACAGCGCUAACAAAAGCAUUGUUGGUAUGGUCGGCGAUGGUGUUAAUGAUGGUCCAGCACUGGCCGCAGCGAAUGUUGGGAUUGCAAUGGGCGCCGGAGGUACCGCUUUAGCUGUAGAAGCGGCCGAUGUAGCACUUAUGAGCAAUAACUUGGCCAAAAUACCUGAGCUUGUGGAACUCGGUCGCUUCUGUCUAUGGGUGGUUGCGGAAAAUAUUGCCUUUUCUGUCGUUCUAAAGCUGGUUAUUGUGGUUGCAGCGCUUGCCGGAAAGGCUGCUCUUUGGAUGGCUGUUUUGGCAGAUGUGCUUGGUUUACUGUUCGUAAUACUUAAUGGUAUGAGGCCGCUAUCGUGGAAAGCUGACAAGAAGCAUGACCACAAAAACACUGAUAUUGAACUUGCAUUUGUGAAGAACACUCGAGAGAUUUACUCAUACGAGUCCUACGUGUAGAAGAAACUUGUGUAGUUCGAAAUCACAGGUCAGAUUUAUGCAGAGGUCUUUGACUUUUAAAGGAAGUGUUCUUCUACGUCAACGGACAGCGUGAUAAACUGGCAUAAAAACAAACCUUUCAUCGUAACAUUCAUUAGUAACGGAAAUUUCAAUCAACUUAACAGAAUUGUAGCGGUCAUACUUUUUGAUAUGUGACACUCUUCGUGCUAUAACUCCGUACAUCAGUUCCCAUUGGUAGUCGCUCGCCCAGGGGGGCAGGGAGGCGGGACUCAGACAUAAAACAGACGGGGCUGCUCGUGAUAAAAAUUAAAGCCCCAAGGGAGAUCAAUCUGGGCGUGGCUAAGGCCCGGGGGGGAUACUCGCUAUAAUGACCUAUACGGUGAGGCUCCGCCCGAAAGGUGCACCGUUUUCCGGCUUCAGAUAUCUGAAAGGGUAGGAAAUGCUGUCAUUUUGGUCUUUAAAAAAGGCCCUAAAGGACUCACAGAUGCAUGUUAUGGCUGUGAUAAAGGCAAUUUAGGUGCAUUUACAGCAGUAAAAGGGAUGCAAAGUUGUAUGUGAUAGGACUACCAUUUGUCAAUAGAAGGUAUACAAAAGGGCUACUUUUUCUGCCAAAAAUGGAAUAUAAAAUGACAAGGGGUUGGACCUCGAGCCGGAGCCUCCGCGUAUAAAACGUUGUUGAGUAUUCCCCCGGGGGGGGGGGGGUAGGGCUUUAUUUGACCCUAAAAGAUUAAAGGAGACCAUACUCCAAUACAGUUAGACGGCGUUAGCUUGCUUUUACAUUUUGAAAUUUCUUUACGCUCAACCUUAAGCGAUACUUUUUUGGGUAAAAAUUAUGGCUUCCCGUCCUGAACACCCUAAAUAAGAUGAAACUCUGCAAUUUGUAACCGAAACGCGCUACACGAGAGGAGCAGCUUCCCCGUCAUUUUAAUGUGAGAGUCCCCAAGUGUUCUCCUCGUUUUAAAAAAGAUAUUAGCCAGCGAUGAAUUCAACAGAUGACACAUUAGUUAAAGUAUACUUAAAAGACCAACUAGAAAGUGAUUAUAUAUGCACACUGGUUCCAAUUAUUUUUUAUACCGAGAUGAGUGUUUUUAUUGAUCAACAAAGGCGUGAUGAGGGUUUAUUAUAAUUUUAUGAAUAGUUUAACAAUAAUUACUGCCUUGCAAUUAUGAUAUAUUUAAUGACAAAAUCCAAACCGAUAUUAAAAAGGGAAUGAAAAUCUUUUUGGCUUCAAUAAUUGGAAUAACAAGGAAGGUUUUUGUUCUUAAGUUCAAAAUUUUAAUUGAGUUUAUCAAGGUACAUGUAGUGGGAACAAGUGAUUAUUAUAUGAAUAGAUAUACUGACAAAUUAUCUCAAGCUUUGGAGAUCCUUAUUUGAUUUCCAACCCUGUGAUCAGGGCUUCUGUCAGUAGUGGAAGUAUAAAGAAUUCCUUUUUCCACCUAAUUUAGUGUUCCUUUUAUUCAUCCCUGAAAGCCAAUCCGGGCCAAACGCUAUAUGUGGAGAUAGUCCCGUGCAUCUGCGAAAAAGUGUCUUUACGUGAUGAAGGUUCCUUGCGGCUUUCAGGGUUGAUAAAAGAGAACUGACAGGAACAAGUAAAACCAUAGUUUUACGUUGUUAGUAUUCGUAAGUGCCGAUUACAAAUAGUUUUCGGCCAACUUUCACGUCUUAAUGAUCACUUUACGCGUGGACGUGUUGAAAAAAUAAAUCAGACACCAAUGAUUUCGGUUUUGUUUGGACUGAGCAAGUUUCUUUGACUACCACCUACAAUCUUUCACAAAAUAGAUGGGACCCCCCACGCCACUCCACCCCUCCUCUCCAACUCAAGGAUGCGAAAAUGGCGCGGUUUGGAUUUCGCGCGGCUUCAUCCUUGAUUUCGGGGGGGGAUGAGAGUUUGCCCGUUCAUUUUAUUCUGUUUAAGACGCAAGACAUUUCUCCCCUGGAAGGGGGGCGGUGCUCCUAUAAGGCUCCUAUAAAUUUUGAAUUUGUGUAUGCCGUCAGGGUCUUAAUCUCUGCUCCUAAAACUCUGAGACAAACGAAAACUGAUACCCUAUUCAAGGGAGACUGAAACAAAAACUUAGAAAUUUUGAAAUGAAAUGAUUAAUAUAUGAAUUUCAUAUAUUUCUGACUGCGUAAUGAAUAAAUAAAUGCAAAGAAGAUCACUACAGUUAACCCCUGAAGUCCCAAUUGUGACCAAGAUCGAUUUUCUGCUAAAAAUAUCCAUACAAUAGAUAGAUGUCAAUAGAAAAGUUAUGAGAAUUACUAACAUGAUCAGCCAAGAGAAAAUGCCUUGAUCUAUUAUCAAAUUACAAAUGAAAUGAAAUGAAUGGAGAUUAGUUUGGAGAAUUUGUAUGUGGUUAUUGGGGGUUAAAGGGUUACAUACGCUACUGCAUAAGUUGCGUAAUUAACUGUGAUAAUCUUCUCUGCAUUUAUUUAAGAAUUUAAUGGCAACGCCUCACACAAACUUUCAUGAAAUCGCUUUCUUUAUACUCCAAAGGAAAAGUUCAGUUUUUAGCAGAUGAUUUGUUUCUCGUGUAGCUGGGCUUUUACGCCGGCACUUGAAUUUUAGUUGCUAUAUUAACGGUACCCUAUCUAAGAUCACACCGAGAACACAACGGCAACAAGGGAAAAAAUAAUGCCCUGUGAAAAGAAGAACCUCACCAAUCAUACCCUGUCUAGCCCAUAUAUGGGAGUACCCCUCCCGACAUUGGAAGAAGGAUUUUCAGAGGCAAGCCUGCACGUACGAUAAGCAACAGUGGAGUUAGACACGCUUGCGCAAAGUUUGGCUUUAUAAAAAUCUUCUUCCGAGAAGCUGCGAACCGUUUGCUUUCUCUAAAAAAACCGCCUCCUCCCCCUCACAAGAAAUAACGACCAGCCUCCUAAUGGUUGGAAGGCCUUCGGUUAUAGCCAUGAAAGACAGGAAAACAAUUUCAUAACAUUUCUUACCGCUCAAUUUCAAGGUUAGUCUGAAAUGUCAGAAACGAGUGACGACUGACAUUUCAAACUAGGGAGCUGUAGCAUCAAAGACGGCGACGGCACGGAACAGCGUUACUUUUUAAAUGAAUUGGCGUUUUUUCAAACUUUGAGAUAAAUAUUAGCGAUAAAAAAUCACGACGUGUCGACCUCUCCGAGGUCAUUUUCAAGUGUAUAAAAGUUCUCUAAAUUAGCAUAAAUAAGUUAAAAACAAGUUAUAAUAGAUAAAAAUGUGGUGAACGCUAAAAUGUGAUAAAAUAUGUAAAAAUGUAAAAAGUGCUAAAAAUAUUUAUAAAGUCACAAAACAAUGGAAAUAAAACAAUGUUAACAAGAACUACUCUAAACAAAUAAUUUGGCGCGAAUUGAAUCGCGCUGUUUGUUAAGCGUCGGUUUCAGUUCUUGGAUAAAAAACAUUUCAAAAAUAAGGCAUUAUUAAGAUUUUCAAACUUUGUAGCGUUUAUUCUAAUUCGCUAAAAAUGUUAAAUAAAGGCGAAUUUCCCUAGACUUGAAUUCUUGGGGUCCGCACUCCAGCUUAGAAAGAUAAAGAAAAAUUCGUAUCGUCGAUCGCCUAUUUACGGGGUCCUCCAAAUAGUGUGAAAGCAUUUUCACGUCGUAGUUGUGCAGUGAAAGCAAAGAAGUAUACAAAAUAGCAUUUUGCACGCGUAUGUUAAGGUUGUUUUGCUUACUAAACCCAUUGGGUCGGUUAUUUAAACGAAGUCUUACUUAGAUGAGGGUUUAGGAAAUCUUUGGACCUCAAGAUCUCUUCCUUAGUGAGUUAUUUUAAGGAAGCAAAUGCUUUUCCAGUCUACGCUACAUGCUUACAUGAAACUUUUCACGAUAAAUGGUGUUUACAUAAAAGCGUUUGGCAAACUGAAAAUGGAUUAGAACGUGGUUUUGUUAAACACUGGCUAAACUCCGUUUGAAAAACAGGCCCAUUGCCUUUUUGCUAAAGGUCCCUAUUACUUCAAGGUCCACGGUAGGAAAAUUCACCAACUUAGUGUUUUCAACAAGAAUUAAGGUCACUUUAUUUCAUGUCGCGAAGUAAAUGAACCGUAGUCAUUUUGAAGGCAGGAAAAACAUCUCCGAAUUUUCGAUAUUGGUUUCUACUCAUGCAACAAUGAUGCCACUUUCAUGUGGGCAUUGACAGUCCUUAUACAAAGAAACAUGAAUUUGUCCAAUCACUGAAGCGCUGAGCCUGUUCGAUGAUUGCUUUUUAAUAAGUGAAAAAAAUUAUUACACAUUUCUUAUCACUCAGGAUCCAAUUAUUGUCGAUAGUAACAAAACAAGACAGCAAUUACACAACUUGGGGGAGAGAGACACGGAAAAAGUGAGAAAAAAAAUAACUUGACUAAGACUUGUUUUGAACGUCGAGAAAAAUUUUAAAGGACAAGCUUUGAUACAGCCGGACCAUCAAGACUGAGAUAUACUUUAAACUCUCACAAGUUUAAGAAAAAAAAUUUAAAAAGAUGCUUGGCGAGUCAAAAUAAAAGCCCAACUUGAGCUCUUUAACUUGAGUCCCUUAACACUUAAUUCAGGCUGUCAGCCAAACUUGGUUCAAAGCGCUUUCUCACCAUUUUUUUGAUUUGUUUACAAGGCAAAAAAAUUAAGCUAAACCACUGUUAUACCUUCAAUAUAGAACUUUUUGCGUCAAACUCCAGACGGUAAAAAGGCAAAACAAAACGAAAAUUACAAAAGUUAACCUUUAUGCUUUUUUCGUGGGACAAAACAAAGUGAUUUAAGUUUAUCCACAAUUCAGGUUUCCCAUUUUGAACUGUUGCUGUUCACUAGUCAGUCUCAGGGGUGUCAUUUUUCGCUUUCUGUGAGCUAUUACAGCAUUCCUAUUUUUAAAGGUUAUAUUUGAUGCAAAGAAAGUAAUCUGGGGAAAUCUGUUGAUAGCAUGCUGGAAACUGAGCGUGUUUUGUGUGGGCGGCCGUGAAGUUUUUCUUCCACCAUCUCCAUUUCUCAGCGUGAGUUUUGUGUUUUCUUAAACAAAGCACCGAAACAAAUGGACGGAUAAAACAAACAAAGAACAAAACUGAGUGGAUCUAUUUUAACAAAAAGGUGACUCAAAGAUGGCAUACACGGACGCAAAAUCGAAAAAUGGAGGAAUCAAUCAUAUACUUACAUUAAAACACUGAGUAAAAAAAUGUUUCUUUUUUUCCUCUUAGCUACCUUCGCGAAAAAUUGCAUAUUAUACAUAACAUAUUUGUAGUUACUUAGUUUAUAGCAGGAACGCUACACCGCUGUGAAGGAAAUGAGAAUUCAUCGAAGUCCAUUUCCAAAAACAUGAACGAGGAAGAUUUGGCAAGAAGUUAUUUUGAUACCACUGUAUAUAAUGUUUGUUUCAAAUUAGACCACGUUAAUCACAGUAAUCGUACACAAGCAUACUAGAAAAUAACUGUUUUAAUGUUCUUUCGAAGUAGUAACUUGUUUUCAAAAGAUGGGAUUGUAUUUCCAAGGAAAUUAGUCAUCUGUCGCAUUCAACUAGCAAAAGAGGAGCUCUCAGCGCAUUAAAUAUGUAUAAACAAGGAAACGAAAAAUCUCACAAAAUUAACUUUAGGUUCAGAAGUUCGGAUAAAAUCGUUGAGUAAACCGUAUAUGACCCUUUCGUCGUUUACAUCGUUACUUUGGCAAAGGUUGCCUAUCACGCCAAGGAAUUUAUUAUAUUUCUCAAUUCCCUUCAUCAUCAUUAAAUUCAACGGUCAUUUUAAGUUUCCGGGGAAAAAAUCAGAAGCACAUAGAUCUAUAUAGACGGAUAACACCUCGGAAACAGGCUUUAUUUUUCAUAAAAACAUUGUUUACAGUAACAUAUAUUCAGUCGGUCCCAAUAUACAAACAUGCCGUACGAAUUUUAUCUGACAUGAAAAAGACUCCGUACAUGUAUUUCGAAAUAAUAGUGUCAGGUACAUAGAAACACACUUAUGUCAACUUAUAUCCGGCGACACUACAAGAAGAAAAUGCACGAAAAACGUUUCUUCACUCUCUGUUUUAUUUCAAGUCUAAUGUUUUGUGCGCUCUUUUUGACCAGGAAGGCAUCUGUUAGUCAUCCUAGGCAAGCUCACAAAUUAUGUUUUCUAAUGCACAAAUGUCUCAUCUUUCUCCAAUCAAGUCAUUGUUCAUCUUAACUUACAAAAAAGGUAGUUUGAAACAUUUGAAAAUAUGGACUUACACGGUGUGAUCCGCCACAUUUUUGCUCAAAUUAUUUAUGUUCAACCAAACUGUAAGAUUUUGCUGUAAGUACGGCGGUUAUCCAGUCGUUUCUUUCCGCUUCGCUAUUACAACUCACAAUGUAUGAUUCCUUGUUGUUCGCUCGCAGGCGCAAUCCAAAUUUCUUUCGUCGAAAACCAAAAUCUUCUACCAUCAUCGAAACAAUGUCCAAAAUUCGAACGAUCUUUGCCGAAACAGACUCCUCGCUUUUUUCCUUCAAAAAAUACAACUUGUCCCCGGACAGGAUGAAAUAUCGCCUUUUCCAUCGCCGUUUCCACGGAGUGGAUUUGCUUUGCUUCCAAAUGUAGCCUUCCUUGAUCAAGGGGUCCUCUUUGCUGGUGAAUUUUUCGCAGUAUCCUGGGCGGCGAAACCGCCAACUUGCAGAGAAUGGUGUGAUACGGAAGCGCAAGUUGCCGAACACUCUUGAUAGCCCCAUCAGAAAUAGAAGAAAUAAUUUUUGUGAAAACUGGACUGGCUGUCGGGUUCUUUGGAUCGUCAAAUCCAACUACUGCAUUAUAGCCUAGUCGGAAGAACAGAGCAUUGCGUAAGCGAAAUAGUGGGCCGGGACGUUUGACAAAAUCUUCGUUGUUCCUCGAGGAUUAGUCCAUUAUUUUAUACAGAUGAAAAUGCAUAUAUUUUCUGACUCGCUUGCAUGGUCUUAAUAUUUCAUGCCUUGUCGCCCACGCAGCAAAUAUCAAUUAAAAUUUGGUAGUCAGCUUCCGAAAUGCAAUUCUCGCGAGGAGGACUGGAAAUCUAUUACAAUAGCCAACAGCUGGUGAGAUCUCAGUGAUUUUCGAAAUGUUAAAAAAUUUUAAAUUGCAACAUUUAGAGACUCCCGAAACAAUCUUGCCAUCUUUUCAGAUAUAUAUCAAACUGGGUAAUUAAUCUAAGGUCUGGACAUUCAUAUUUAGAAUGAAAGCUGAAUAAGAAUGUCUUAUCACAAAUUAAGGACACAAAUUAGAUCCAACCGAAUGACGUCACCCAUUUAUCAGGCGAAUAGAAAAAUUAAGCAAUAGCCGACGAAAAAUAAUACAGAUUGCGGCAUAGGAAGAAUAGCAGUGACGAAUUUUUAUUUUGCUCUAUACCCUUAUUUGUGUACACAAAUUCGGCUCAUGCAAAAUAUUUUUAAAUAUCUUGAGCCGAAAUUUAAAUUUCCAAGAAAAAUAGUUUUCUUGAGCAAUUCUGCAAAUACGUUUAGAGCGGUAGUUUUCUUUUCCUUUGCUUAAAUCAUUUUUUUUUUCCUGGAAGUACACGGUAAGUUGCUGGUGUUUGUUGCUCACAGCUUCGAUAAUCACCAACUCCUCCUGAUCCGUCGCCAAUCACGAAUAACAAAUAUGCAUUGCAUAUCCCGCGUCUAAAAAUCAGUAUU